UAGGAUUAUUCCAAAGAUCAUACUUCUCCUCACACAGUCACUCCUGGGAUAUAGCUCAUAGGAAUUUAGAGGAAAUGGUGAAAGCAGUGACUUUUCUGCUCUUUUUGGCCUUCCUCUUCACAUUCUCCCAAGCCAAGUCAAUCAUUCCUCAACCCCAGCAGUUCAGAUCCUUCAAGAUCAACAAUACCCAGAAUGUAAAGAGCUGCUCUUACACGGUAUCAAUAACGACAAGCUGUUCAUCAACCAAAUAUACAAGGGAUCAAAUCAGUCUUGCAUUUGGUGAUGCUUAUGGCAAUCAGGUGUAUGCACCAAGACUGGAUGAUCCAUCAACAGGAACGUUUGAGAGGUGCUCUAGAGAUACAUUUCAGAUAUAUGGACCAUGCUCAUACCAAAUCUGCUAUGUCUACCUUUAUAGGAGUGGAUUCGAUGGUUGGAUGCCUGAGAAAGUGACAAUCUAUGGUUAUAACACCAAGUCUGCUACAUUUUAUUACAACACUUAUAUUCCUAAUGAUGUUUGGUAUGGAUUCAAUCUUUGUAAUGGAGCUUCAGUCAGUACAAUAUAGGAGGAGGAAGAUGUUUCUCUCUAUUUCAUUUUGGGGCUUGUCAAAACUGGUUUCUGUUUGGUCUUUUGAUCUUUUCUAGCCCUCUCUUGUCUUGGGUGCUUAAUUAGUGACAUAUGAACAAAAUAAAUCAUUAAUGAAAGUGUUCAUUAUCAUAUGCAAGUGCUUUUGAGGAAGCAGCAAUACAAUUUCAACACAGUUUGGUUGGCAUACUUUGAGUUUCUAUGAUUUUUCAUUGAGUAUAAUUUAAAAAGUUUGUGAUAUUGACC